AUGCGUAAUGGAUUUGUUGAGGUCCUUUCUCCCUCUUCCAAACUACCUGUGGAGAUUACAUGGCGCGGAGAUGGGGCAUAUUUUGCGAUAGGAUGGACGGAUUUAAGAGGGACCGGUGUUCGUCGACUUUAUAUUUUCGAUGCUGAUGGAGCUCUUCAUUCUGUCGGUACAGACACUAUCGGCCUUGAGACUGGUCUCUGCUGGCGAUUGAAGGUCCAGUUAAUAGCCAUCAGCAAGCGUUGUGUGGGUAGUCUACAAAUGGCUUUCUAUGAAUUGAAUGGUCUUCAACACGGCAAAGUUGACUUGCUUUCAUAUCCCGAUUGUGAUGUCUUCCGUGUGGGGAAAACAGCUUUUGACGUAGCGGAGCAUAUUAUGGCAGUUCUCUUUCUUCCUCUCGACUCAGUCAGCAACACCGAUCUUCCCUUUGUGAGGCUCUACACCACCUCCAACUAUCACUGGAGCGUGAAAGCGGAGCUAUCUCUCUUGCCACGGCCUCAUCCUCCUCCGUCUGCUCCAGUGGAACGGGUCUCGCUGAUUUUCAGCAAUGCAGGCGAGAUUGGUACCGUCACUCUCUACACUGCGGUCUCUCACGGUAUUGGAGUCAAAGGCAGUUGUCUCUCUUCCUGGUCUUUCGCCAGCUGUAUUGAUCGAAACGUCUGGCAUAUUGGCGCCGAAGACUCUGCUAUUGUUGCUGUCAUCGACAAUUACAGCGAACUGAUCAAAAAGGCAUGGAAUAACGCGAAGCUAUUUUAUUUCAACUUCCUCGAAGGUAACGUAGGUCUGACUGCCUUCGCGCACACCACCAUCCCGCCACCUAUGUGUGCCACCCGCCUUAUCUUUCCGUCAGCUGUGGGCGCGGUAAGUCUUUCUCCGUCCUGGCCCAAUGAGGCUGGCGUCACACUUCUCGUCCAGCCUGCCAAUUCUGCUGCCGCCCCCUGGCUCCUUGCACUAGUUUCCGACUGGCGGGGUCCUCAAUGUCUCACCUCAGCUGACCUGAAGGUAGUGCAGAAGAGACAGCAGGCUGCGCACAGUGGUGCUCCUUCUUUCAACAACGCGUGGGCCCUGAGAAAGGACGCAGUCGCUUAUGCUAAUGAAAAUGCCUCUUCCAUUUUUCGCGGUCAACUGCUGCAUGUUACAUGGAUUUCUCCCAAGAAGUUUUGCUUUGUCUCUCAGGACGGGCGUCACCUUGGUAUGCUCUCCCAAUUAAUCUUGAAUGAAUCUGUCACUUUCGAAGUCUGGUGUCUCGCCUCCCUCGCUGGUACCACUUCUGCUGUUAUCAACGGACUUGUCUAUGGACUCGGUGGCGAACUCGCCGUUCAAGUUGGGGAUGGAGGCAUUCACUUUGUUAAACUGGAAAACCUCGAAGAUGGUGCAAGAAGAGGAAGUACCACAGUUUACGAAUUCCCCGAUGUAACCUCUACCACCCUUCCCUUCGCCUGCGACCAACUCUAUGUCGUGACAUUCAGCUGCCAGGACCAACCUUUGCACCGAACUUAUCUUAUGGGCCUGCAGUCAAGAAGCUACCAACUCUGUGCCUUACCUUGGUCGACAUCGGUGACUAGGGCAACAGUAACUGGCGAGUGCGUAAUGCGGUCUUGCUCUUCUCUCGUGCUUCAUUCCGACUUCCUGCUUGUCACAAGUCUGGAAAACCAACUCUUUACCGUGCCCUUGUCAUUGGAAUCUACAGAAUUUCAUUCGGUCUUGGAGAGCCUGAAAAAGCGGCUGGGUAGCAAUAGCGUUGGACUGCGACCUCUCGAAUCGGGUGCGCGUCUGGUGACCGCAGUGGCGCGUGGCUCCAAGGUUGUGCUCCAGAUGCCUCGCGGAAAUCUAGAGGAAAUUCACCCACGUUCUCUUGUCUUUAAGUGUCUUGCACCGAUCUUCGAUAGCUCGCAUCAUGCAGAUGCCAUAGAAACGAUGCGCCGUCAUCGGAUAAACUUCAACCUCCUCCACGACUACGAUCCGCACAAAUUCCUCUCAAACGUUGCCACUUUUGUGCACCAAGUUGCCUCGCCUGAACACAUCACUCUCCUCGUCUCUGACCUGAAUGAAGAGGAUAUUACCAGAACGGAGUACAGCAAAUUCUUUGGGAGCAAGCAACCCUUUGGUCAAACUGUUCUCGCCCAAUCUGCAUCCCAAGUUUCGAAUUAUCUCUCUCGUACCCCAGUGAUUGACCCGUAUUCUUCAAGGAAAGUUAAUAAUGUCUGUGAAGCCCUCCUCAAGGCUAUGCUUCCUGAACCCGAAAAAUUCAUUCUGCCGAUUCUCGCUUGUUACGUGAAAAUGCGGCCUCAAAUGGUGGAAAAGGGCUUGGCUAUUCUCAAGGAUUUCAAAGACAAGGGUAAUGUGGAUGUGUGGGAGCAGGGCCUGCGUCAACUCCAGUACUACGUCUCUCCCGUGAACCUUUUUCACACCGCUCUGGGCACCUACGAUCUCGACUUAGCUGAAGUGAUGGCUGAACGAACCCAAUUGGAUCCCAAGGAGUAUCAGCCCUGUCUUCAGCAACUACGGGCUCUUUGCACACACGGUGGCGACGAUGACAUAGCCAACACCUCAUUCCAGCACGCUCAAAUUGACAUUUUAUUGCAUCGCUACUCCAGAGCCCUACAGGGCUUUCAUUCGGCAGGUGGGAAUAAGCUUGAGUAUAGGCAGGCAGUAAGAUUCGUCUUUUGUGAAUAUCAGGAGAUCAGUAGGCUGUGGGCGGAAGAAUUGGUGGCGUCACAGCGGCUUGUUACGGCUGGAGAGGUGCAUCUGCGCGCGAAACACUUUGCCUCUGCCGCCCAUCUUUUCCUUUCCACUAACUCUUCUUACCGCUGGCGUGUUGCUGUCGCAUGUGCUGCAUCCGCUUCAACUACAGGAGAGGAGGAAGGGGAAGCUCUCUCUGUCGAAGAUGUUCGCUCUCAGGCCUCACGUCUGGCUAAUAAUCUCACGUCUCUUGGUCGGUUUGAAGAGGCUAUGUCGAUCUAUUCGGAAUGCUUGCAUGACUACGAGAGUGCAGUCAGUGUGGCUGUUAGAGGUGGUCUCUGGUUGGAAGCCCGUAGACUGGCUCAGCUUGCGGCCGACACUGGGUCGAUGUUAGCACUACUCAAAAAAAGUGCUCUCGAAGCUUAUGAAAAUGUUGCUGCUCGCUUGGACAUCGAGGCGGAAGAUUUCCGCACAACUUUUCAGCGUCUCCUUGAGGUCCGCGCAGAGCAGAAUGCGAGAAUGCUGAAUUCCACUUUCAGGACAGCUGACGAAAAUUUUGAUAACGUUGAGAGCGAACUUUUCUCCGAUACUGGAAGUGUCAUCAGUGUAACUUCGGCGGGGAGUCAUGCUAGUUCCUUCUCCAAGGCUUCUGGGCGAUCACAGAAGAACCGUCGGAAACGCGUACGCAAGAAAUGGUCCACAAAACGAGGCAGCAAGUUUGAGGAAGUAGCGCUUAUUCAAGUGCUUCAUACUACCAUAACAUCCUGUCAACGUCUUUUCGGUGGGACUAUGCCAAACCUCAUUUAUAUUUCUUUUAAUCUUUGUUUCUUUCACCUAGAAACUAUUGGAGCCCUUAUUGAGGAAUUAUGGCGGUGUGGUGAAUCUGUGGCAAUCGCCAAACUUGUCCGUCAAGCUAACGGCCUCUUGACUGACCAUCGAGCAGCUCUAAAUAUUGUUUGGUGCGGUGAAAUCACUGGGGCCACAGUGCAUGGUUCUGGCGAAGAGGGUGAUAUAGAGUCAGCUAGGCGCUACCCUUUCCACGAGGCCUUCCUACUGUUCCCACCAGUUAUGUCGAUUCAACAGAUUGACUCCGACUUCCUGUGA